AUGCUGUCGCUUUUAAUAUCAGCAGCAGCUGCCACUCUCGCAUCUGCCCUGGAACUUCCCCAGGGUUAUUCCCCGGAUCCUGUCUCUUGCCCAACAAAUCUUUCAUGGAUCCGACCGGCAGUUGGACUCAGCAGAGAUGAAGCGCAAUGGGUUGAAGGGCGGAAGAAUGUCAUCCUGGGCUCAUUAGACGCAUAUUUGAAACGACUCAACCUGGACGACUUCGACACAGACGAAUACAUAUCGCGUCUCAACAACACCAGUCAGACCCCAAUCAUGGGAAUGGCCAUCAGUGGAGGAGGUUUCGGAUCCGCCUACACCGGGACUGGUCUAAUCCGUGCUUUGGAUGACCGUCUUCCCGCAGCCAACGAGCAACGUACCGGUGGACUUCUACAAAGCAUGACCUAUCUGUCUGGUUUGUCUGGAGGAUCCUGGCCCGCAGUGUCCUUCCCAUCAUACAACUUUCCCACCGCAGACGAGAUUGUCGAUUACUGGAAACCGGAGAUUGACCGAUUCUUCACGGUCACGAACACCUCUGCUGAAGCUGCUACUGGAAAGGCCAUCUUUGAACAGAUUGCUACGAAGUACCUGGCUGGCUUCGAGGUAGCGCUAAGUGAUUAUCUAGGACGAGGAUUUGCGUACGAGUUCAUUCCCGGACAAUCCGGCGGCCUAAACACCACGUUUUCGGGGAUCCGGAAUCUAAGCAAUUUUAUCAAUCAUCAAAUGCCGAUGCCUAUCAUUCAUCUGGCUUCAGUUGAACCGGAAGAUGCAGAGUACUACGACCUUUUGGUGCCGUCAUCUAAUGGAACGAUUUUUGAUUUGACUCCCUUCGAAUUCGGCGCCUGGGACGGAGACGUGCAUGCAUUUACACCCACUGAGUGGCUCGGAAACCAACUAUCCAACGGUAUUCCCGUAAACCAGAGCAAAUGCUGGAAAGGAUUUGAUCGAUCCUCACUUGUCAUCGGCACCUCCGCCGACGCCUUCAACUUCUGGUACCUCGAAAGCGUCUCCAACGGAACCCUUGGCCAAUUUGCCAAACGCUCCACCACUCACGAGUCCUCUCUCACCAAACGAUUGUCCCAACCUGCCAACCUGAACGCACUCGUUGACGCCUUCCAAGAGACCUUUGAUCUAAACCUAACCCAAAUCUCCUACUCGAAAUUCCCCAACCCAUUCACCAACCUAUCCCUCUCUACCGGUAAUACCCACAAAUCCUCAACCCUAAACCUCGUCGACGGCAGCGAAACAGGCCAAACAAUCCCCCUCUGGGGCCAGAUCCAGCCCGCGCGCAACGUCGACUUCAUCAUAGCCUGGGACGACUCCCAAGACGCAGACCCCUACAGCUGGAACAACGGCACAAACCUCUACAACACGUACCUCGCCGCCAACGCAACAGGGCUUCCCUUUCCGAUAAUCCCACCCUCCAGAACAAUGAUGAACCUGAAUUACACUCUCCAUCCACAAUUCUUCGGCUGCGACGCCAACCUCACCACCACAGGCGACGACCGCGCACCUAUCGUGCUGUAUAUGGCUAAUGCGCCGUAUAGCGCAUACACGAACUUCUCGUUCUGGCAGACGGAGACGAGUCGGCAGCAAAUGGGGGAGAUAUUCGUGAAUAGUUUUGAUAUUGUUACGCAAGCGAAUGGGUCGUGGGAUGGGGAGUGGGCGGAGUGUAUGGGGUGUGCGGCUGUGGAAAGAAGUUUGGCGCGCGUGGGCAUGGAGAGGACGAGGCAGUGUCAGCGGUGCUUUGAGAGGUAUUGUUGGGAUGGGACACUUGAUGAGAGGGAUCCUGGGGUGUUGGAUCCGACGUUAGUUUUGGAUCCGGGGGUGAAGUUUGGGUUGUGGAAUGCUACGAAUCCUUAUUGA